GCCGGUCUUGUCACGGCCGCGGGAACAGGAAACCCAGGCAGGACACUUGGAGCGAGCCACCCGCCGCCACGCCCGCCAGCCGCAGCCCUCUCCUGCCCACCGCUGCUGCCCCCGCCCCCUGCCCUGCCUACGCUCCUCCCCGAUCCCCUUCCGGUGCCGUGCGGGAGAGAGAGAGAGAGAGGCGGCGAUGGCGAGGCACUUCCUGCUCAACACUGGGGCCAAGAUCCCCUCGGUGGGGCUCGGCACCUGGCAGGCCGACCCCGGCGUCGUCGGCGCCGCCGUCUACGCCGCCGUCAAGGCGGGGUACCGGCACAUCGAUUGCGCCAGAGUCUACGGCAACGAAAAGGAGAUCGGUUUGGCGCUGAAGAAGCUAUUUGAAGAGGGCGUAGUGAAGCGCGAGGAUCUGUUUAUCACCUCUAAGCUAUGGAAUGAUCAUCAUGCUCCUGAAGAUGUGCCAGAGGCACUAAAUGAAAGCCUGAAUGAUUUGCAGCUUGAUUACUUGGAUCUUUAUCUUAUCCAUUGGCCGUUUAGAGUCAAGAAGGGAACUAACAACAACCCUGAAAACUUCGUUACACCUGACAUCCCUGCUACUUGGGGGGCAAUGGAGAAGUUACAUGAUGCUGGCAAAGCUCGCGCGAUUGGUGUGAGUAACUUUUCAUCAAAGAAGUUGGGUGACUUGCUUGCUGUAGCUCGUGUACCUCCAGCUGUUGAUCAGGUGGAAUGCCAUCCUUGCUGGCAGCAAACUAAGCUCCACAACUUUUGUCAGUCAGCUGGUGUUCAUCUUAGUGCUUACUCGCCACUCGGUUCACCUGGUACUACUUGGAUGAAUGGUAACAUCCUUAAAGAACCAAUAAUCAUCUCAAUAUCUGAGAAACUCGGGAAGACACCUGCACAAGUGGCUCUGCGCUGGAACAUUCAGAUGGGUCACAGCGUACUACCAAAGAGCACGAAUCAAGAAAGGAUAAAGCAAAACCUUGAUGUUCAUGAUUGGUCAAUUCCAGAUGACAUGCUUGCAAAGUUCUCGGAAAUUAAGGAGGCUAGGCUGCUCAGAGGCAACUUCGCCGUUAAUCCACAGAGUGUUUACAAGACCCACGAGGAGCUGUGGGACGGUGAGAUUUAGGAAGGCUGGUGUCGCUGAUCCUGAGCAGGGAGCAGCAAGUAUACAUAUCAGGGCUUGUCAAUUCGUUUAUCUCAGGAUUCACUCUUCAGAGAGCAAGGUUCAGUGCUCUGAGCUUUGAGAUUCUAUCCUUUAUCUCGAUUCACGAACUAUGUUGUCAGCAGCUUCACUAUUUAUGUUGUUUUUAGACAAAGCUUCAUUAUUAAUGUGCCCUUGGGGAUAUUGUGCCAUGGGCGUUGCGUUUUGGGUCUUCUGUUCUGUUUUGAUCCCGAAGAGAAUCAUGAAUCUAGUGUGUGAUUUCUCGCGUGACGAAAGCUGGAGGCAACGGCUUCGGCCCUUUAUGUUGUUUCA